AACCAAUACUGGGAAACAGGAAACAUUAUUCCCACGUAAAGUAAGUUACGUAACACUUGCAAUUUGUAAGGUUUUUCCUUUAAACUCCAAAAAACCUUUCUUGCUUUCUUAAACUUCAACCUACCUUUCUCUGCUUCUUAACACCAAAUGAAAUUUUGGAGUAGAAAAAGAAAAAAAAAAAAGUCAAACACGGAAAGAUAAUUAAGACACAGGAAUAAUUCUAGGAAUCUAGAAUAGCAUAUGAUCAUCUAGAUUAUAUGUACAAGUUAUAUAUAUUAAGGUCCAGUGGUCAGAAUAAUAUUUUUAGACUUCAAUUACAGACAUGGAAGAGAGGACUAGUUACCUAAAGUUCUUCAGGGUUGUGGUUCUUUUUCUUUUGGGGUUGAGAACUAGCUCAGCUUUUUGCGUUGUUGGGUCGACUGACGAGCAGCCACUGUCCAAGAUAGCAAUGCACAAGGUCACUCUUGGUCUCCGUGAAUCUGUGACCAUUAGAGCUAGCCCAGUUGUUCUUGGGUUACAGGGUGAGGAUACUGAAUGGGUGACUGUGAAUAUUGUAAAUCCAGAUCCAUCUGAGGAUGAUUGGGUUGCAGUUUUUUCUCCAGCAAACUUCAACGCAUCAACCUGUUCACCAGUGAAUGAUGAAGACCAGACUCCAUAUUUAUGUUCAAGCCCAAUAAAGUACAAGUAUGCAAAUUCCUCCAGAACAUACACAAAAACUGGCAAAGCUUCUUUGAAGUUCCAGUUGAUCAAUCAGCGAGCUGAUUUCUCAUUUGCAUUGUUUUCAGGCGGUUUGUCAAAUCCUAAACUGGUGGCAGAAUCAAAUUUUAUAUCAUUUGCCAAUCCUAAAGCACCUUUAUAUCCACGCCUUGCUCAAGGGAAGUCUUGGAAUGAAAUGACAGUAACCUGGACAAGUGGCUAUAGCAUUGAUGAAGCUGUUCCAUUUGUUGAAUGGGGCAAAGGAGAAACUCAAACUCAAUCCCCAGCUGGAACAUUGACAAUUGAUCAGAACAGCAUGUGUGGUUCACCUGCACGGACAGUAGGCUGGCGUGAUCCUGGUUUCAUACACACAAGUUUCUUAAUAAAUUUGUGGCCUAACUCAGUGUACACUUACAGGAUGGGCCAUGCCUUAUCUAAUGGUUCAUAUAUCUGGAGCAAAUCCUAUUCUUUCAAAUCAUCCCCAUAUCCUGGACAGGACUCCCUACAACGUGUAAUAGUAUUUGGCGACAUGGGGAAGGCUGAGCGUGAUGGUUCAAAUGAGUAUAGUGAUUAUCAACCAGGUGCAUUGAAUACUACCGACCAACUCAUCAAGGACUUGAAAAACAUUGACAUAGUUUUUCAUAUAGGGGAUCUUUCUUAUGCAAAUGGAUACAUCUCACAAUGGGACCAAUUCACAUCACAGGUGGAGCCCAUUGCAUCAACUGUCCCAUAUAUGGUUGCAAGUGGUAAUCAUGAACGUGAUUGGCCAAAUAGCGGAUCCUUCUAUGAAAAUAUGGAUUCAGGUGGGGAAUGCGGUGUGCUUGCUGAGACCAUGUUCUACUUUCCUGCUGAGAACAGAGCCAAGUUCUGGUAUUCAACAGAUUAUGGAAUGUUUCACUUCUGUAUAGCUGACAGUGAGCAUGACUGGAGGGAGGGAACAGAACAGUACAAGUUCAUUGAGCAUUGCCUUGCAUCUGCAGAUAGAAGGAAACAACCGUGGUUAAUCUUUGCUGCUCAUCGUGUUCUGGGAUAUUCCUCAAAUAGUUGGUAUGCCCAGGAAGGAUCAUUUGAAGAGCCAAUGGGAAGGGAAAGCUUGCAAAAGCUAUGGCAGAAGUACAGGGUAGACAUUGCAUUUUAUGGCCAUGUCCAUAACUAUGAAAGAACAUGCCCCAUUUACCAGAAUCAAUGCGUUAAUUCAGACAAAUCACAUUACUCAGGCACCGUGAAGGGAACAAUCCAUGUUGUCGUUGGAGGGGGAGGUAGCCACUUAUCAGAAUUCACCACAGCAAUACCUAAUUGGAGUAUUUACAGAGACUAUGACUGGGGCUUUGUCAAACUAACAGCAUUUAAUCGUUCUUCUCUCCUCUUUGAGUACAAGAAAAGUCGUGAUGGGAAGGUGUACGAUUCCUUCACCAUCUCAAGGGAAUACAAAGAUGUCUUGGCCUGUGUUCAUGACAGUUGUGAACCAACCACUUUGGCCUCUUGAAUUGUAUCUUGAAUUCCUCUCUCUUUUUUGUAACCAAAGAAAAAAAAUCUUAUUUUUUUAUUAUUUUUUAGGAAACUUAUGCCAAAAGUAUCAAUCCUUCCAUUGAUGUAACAUUGUCAAUAAGAAUGGUUAAAGCAAUAGAAAUUAUGACAUCUUUUUU